AUGGAAGAUACAAUUAAUAAUAAUAUUUUAGAAGAAAAUGAAAAACAUAUUAUUCAAAACGAACAACCACAGGAACAUGAUGAUGGUGCAAGUUUAAAAAAUGAAGAAUCAACAGAAAUUUUAGAGGAGGAACCAAAAAACCUAUUAAUUAGUUUAUUAUCAGAGUUAAAGAUUGGUGUCGAUUUGUCUAGAGUACCAUUACCAACAUUUAUUUUGGAACCAAGAUCAUUAUUAGAGAAAUUUACAGAUUACAUGAUUCAUGGUGAUAUAUUAUGUGGUAUAUGUAAAGUGGCAACACCAUUAGAAAGAAUUCAAAUAAUCACCAAAUGGUACCUAUCAGGUUUCUACUUUAGACCCAAAGGAGUAAAAAAACCAUACAACCCAAUAUUAGGAGAGAUAUUUCGUUCAAAAUGGGAAUUCAAUGCUGCAAACAAAAUCAAUAAUAAUACUAAUAAUGAUAAUCAUAAUAAUAGUAAUAUAAAUAGCGGUAGUGGUAGUAAUGAUUCUGGUACAUUAAAUACAAGUAGUCAAGCUAUAUUAGUUGCAGAACAAAUAUCUCACCAUCCACCUGUAUCAUGUGUUUAUAUCUCAAAUAGAAAUGAUGGCUAUACAAUGAGUGGUGUUAUUAACCCACGUUCAAAAUUUUUAGGCACAUCAAUGGCGGUCAUUGUUGAUGGGAGUAUCACUUUAUCUCUCUUAGAACUUCAGGAAGAAUAUGUAAUAACAUUCCCAACUGCAUGUGCAAGAGGUAUUAUAUUUGGUACUCUAUUAACCGAAAUCGUAGGCCCUGCAACCAUAGUAUGCAAAAAAACAAAUUUAACAAGCGAAAUGGAAUUUAAAGCAAAAUCAAUGUUUAGAGGUGAAUAUAAUGUUGUAUCUGGUAAAAUAAAAUUAAAUAAUGAAACAACUCAUAACUUUACUGGUAAAUGGGAUAAAAAGAUUGAAAUUACACAAGCAAAAAAAAAGGGUUCAAGUGAAAUCCUCUGGGAUUGUAGCGCAGUAAAAAAGAAUAAAACUAUUAUAAGACCAAUUAAUCAACAAGAAGAGUUUGAAUCACAAAAACUAUGGCAAAAAGUAACCCAAGCAAUUUUAAAUAAAAAUCAAAAAGAUGCAACUGUAGAAAAAAAUAAAUUAGAGGAUGACCAAAGAAAAAGAGUUAAAGAAAGAAAAGAUACUGUUUGGGAACCAAGAUUAUUUAAAAAAAUUGGUGACCAAUGGGUUUAUAAAUAUGCAAAUACAACACUUUAUCAACAAGGUGAACCUAAAGAAAUUGAAACAGAAGGUAUUAUAUAUUUUGAAGGUACUUCAAUCGAAAAUUUAAAGAAUAAAGUCGAACCUUGUGGUGCAAGUGAAAAUGAAAUUUCGAUUUUUUUAGAAGUGAAGGUUAUAAAAUGUUACUUUAUUGAUCCCUAUUUAAAUCUAAUACAAUGA